AUGGCGAACGGAAAGACCUCCAAGAGCGAGCCACCUCUUCCUGAUGUCCUAGAGGCAAUAGACAGAGAAGUUGGCAUCUACCCCGACAAAGACUCGCAGGAGCGGUUUCUGCGAAAGCUGCUCGUCCCCAGAUACAUCCCCAACGUCGACGAACGCGAAGUCCAGGCAAAGGUUGCCAAGUAUCGAUUAUCGCUCACAUCUAAGAUCAAAGGCCACACAAACAGCCUAGGGUCGGGUCAGAAGGGCGGUCGCGGUCAUAUUCAGCACUAUGGCAUCAACGACCUGUUCGUGCAUGGGCCACGCAAGGUCCUCAAGCCAGACUUCUUGCAACGACAGAACUGCGACUUUGACGCUAGCUAUGAGGAGGACUCGCCAAGCUACAGUACCCGUCGCCGAUCGACAAAGAAGCCUGAUAAGACAGCCUAUACAAGUACUGCACAGGGCGAAGUCGAUAAGCCGCCAGCAAGCCGUCUGGACGCAUCCACAAGACCAUCGAGCUUAUCUCCAACUACUGCUCCAACGACCACGGCGUUGAGCAUCGACAUAAGAUCGCCAGCUCUUGUUGAGAAGAAGAAGAAGAAGAAGAGAAAGGCGGCUACUGCAGUACUCGAAGAGCCUAAGUUGGGCAAACGACAGAACACUGGCUUAGGCUCGCAGAGAGUGAUGGAGACCUCCUCGGAGCCACCGCCUUCCGCCGUGCGACCUAUACCACCUCUUCGGCUCAAGAACCCAAGCGCCUCUACCAGUCCAAACCGACAGAGAAGCGCGGUCGGUCUUCCAAAUCCGGAGACUUCAUCUGCUGCCCCAAUUCCAGAGACUACCUCGUCCGAUGCUUCGAGUCAAGAGCUACGCAUCUCCGCCACUUCAAGAUCUGGAGCGACGUCCGCUGCUCCUGACACCCAGAAACCGCAGUCUCGGACAGAGACGGCUGAACCUCCUGCAGCACCAACAGCCGCUACCGACGAGCACUCGAUAGCUGAUCACCUCGGACCGAGCGGCGCUCCAGCAGCACCAGAUCAGAUUCGAGACUGGAAGGUGCGGUCGAACGUCCUCAACAAGGACCCCAUCUUUCCUCCCACCUCAAAGCCGCACAGAGACGAGCCCGAGAUUUUCCCGUAUGGCGACCAGGGGUGGCUAUCAGCUCUCUGGGAGCCUAUGAAGAGGAACCUCUGGUACGCCAUGUGGUCUUUUUUCAAUGAGCAUAGCAUUGAUGACAAGGCACCUUCGGCGUUUGUGAGCAACCCUAGCCCGGAGCUUCGCGAGUUGUAUAAGAUCCUAGUUAGGGGAGAAGGCCAGUGGGAAGCCUGGCUCGUGGACCAGAAGAUGAAGGGCGUUGUCUGCCUAACGCAGGAUUGCACUAUUGCGGGUCUAUUUGGAGCCUUCGUCUUCAAGAGCGUGUUUCGGGAAGAUCUGCCGUGGGACGCGCAGAAAGACUUGCCGAGCCGAAUUGGCGACGACAUGAAGUACUUCGAAGCCGCAAUGCGUGACAUUGGUCAUGAUUCCAAGAACUUCCUACGCAAUGUGGCCGCAAAGCAGUACGAGGACCAGGAGUUCCAGAAGGGAAGCGUGGCUAAACACGCCAAGCAACAAGCCAACGCGCUCCUCUUGACGUUACAGCCUCAUCUGCAACGACUGACCAGGUCGCCCAACCCAAAAGCGAUGAAGUUUCCGAAGUACGUCAAAUUCCUCGAGGAUGCUUUGACGCAGGCUAUCCAAGUCAAGCACAUCCUUCAGGCCUCUAAACUAGGUCCGUUCGACUUCCAGUGGCCAGAAGCAGGCGUUCUGAUCGAUCUGGAUGACCACAAACCCUGGUUCGAAAUGCCAGGAAGCACCCAUACACUGCACACUUUUCUUCCCGCAGUGCAACGAGUUAUGCCGGACAAGAUAGUGACCUUCUCAAAGGCGGAGGUGUUCCCAUGGAGUUUGCAGGAGAAGGAGUCAGGAUGA